AUGCUGGUGACCUAUUUGGAAGCCAGCCGGGACCUUUGCGAGACGGACUCAAUUCUUUUUGGCGCCGCGCUGGCAGUCUGCCGUAUCAUAGGCGCCAAGGUUUCCACGGCUGGACGCGCUACUGGCCAUAGUAGCGCUAUCCCAGCAUGGAGAAGAAGAAUUGAGGAACGUAUCGCAAAGGCUAGAGCUCUCAUCGGCAGACUGAUAUGCUUCAGAUCAGGCAACAACAGGCCAAGAAUUGUGCGUACCGUCAGGAUGGCGUGUGCUGGGACAAAUGUCAGUUUGUCCCAGCCGGAUAUAACGCAAAAACUGACGGAGCGCAUAGAUGAUCUGAAGCAGAGAAUCGCUGCUUGGGGAAAGCGGAUUCGGCGAUAUACCGAGAGGUCGACACGGUUCAACCAGAAUCGUCUCUUCCAGAGUGAUCAGAAGAGGCUCUAUGAAUCAUUGGAGCGACCAAUGGUAAGUGGAACGGGUCCAGCACGGAAUCAGGCCGACACUGUAGCAUUCUGGCGCGGCCUGUGGUCAGAGCCCGUAAACCACAGCGAGGGCCCUUGGACGGAAGUUGUGGCGAGUCAGUGUGCGGGUAUUACGCCCAUGGACCCCGUCAUCAUAACGCCGGAUGACGUAGCUGAGGCGGUCCGUAGGGCCCCGAACUGGAAAAGUCCGGGGCUUGAAGGGCUGCAUCACUACAGGCUGAAGGGGUUCAUGGGAAGUGACGACCCCAUCGCCCGCGGUUAUGUGACAAAACCGCUACUUCAGCGCAGUCAGUCAGCAUCUUGCCAAGAACCUCGGAAAAGGAAGGCUUUCGUUACAAUCGCAAAGGGCCUCCUGGAGGAAGCCAGGGCGCGUCUGGAGCUGGAGCUGGACGCGACAGCAUGCAAACCGCCAGCCAACGAGCGCGAGGUGCUGCAUGACCACCCAGCAGCCCCUCGCAUCCAUCAUCUCCACCAGCUGGCUUGGUGUCGGCUGGGUCUUCGCGGGCCCAGCAAUCGGCACCCACCACUGGUGGAGCACGCCGCAUGCGUUGGACAACUCAAAUGA